AUGUAUGGUACAGAUAAGAAGAAUUUAACUAGAAAGGAACGAAUGAAACGACGUGCCAGAAAAAUGAUCAAAGCAGGCCUCAAAGAGGAUCAAUGCUAUUGUUGUUCGUUGGAGGGUUCACCUACAACAGCCUGCCUAAUUGUUGCCGGAAUAGUUUUCCUUAUCAUUUUUUGUCUAAUAAUGCUUGCAUUAAUGACUGCUGGUGUCGAUUUUGAAGCAACAUUUACGGAACCUGGCAUGCAUAUUUGA